GGGGGGGAGCGGUAGAAAGGGCGGGCGGCGAGGCAGGCGGUAGCACUGCGCGGAGCGGCAUCGCGCAAGGGCUGGGCCCCGCCGGGCACGGAGGCUGCCAGCAUGGCUCUGGAUUUCCUCGCGGGAUGCGUCGGCGGUGCUGCUGGAGUGCUGGUAGGACACCCAUUUGACACUGUUAAGGUUCGUCUACAAGUUCAAAAUGUAGAGAAACCUCUCUACCGUGGGACCUUCCAUUGCUUUCAGUCCAUCAUAAAGCAAGAAUCUGCUUUUGGACUCUAUAAAGGUAUUGGGUCACCAAUGAUGGGACUUACCUUCAUUAAUGCGCUUGUGUUCGGUGUACAAGGAAACACACUUCGUGCUCUUGGAAAAGACACUCCUCUCAACCAGUUCCUUGCAGGGUCAGCGGCAGGGGCUAUCCAGUGCAUCAUCUGCUGCCCCAUGGAGUUGGCAAAGACAAGAAUGCAGCUCCAAGGAACAGGUGAAUACAAACUAAAAAUGAAGCUCUACAAAAAUUCUCUGGAUUGUUUGAUCAAAAUCUAUCGAAAGGAAGGGCUGAGGGGUAUCAACAGGGGCAUGGUCUCUACGUUCAUAAGAGAGACUCCAAGCUUUGGCUUUUACUUCCUAACCUAUGACUGCAUGACCAGGUAUUUAGGCUGUGAAGCUGAAGACAGUUAUGUUAUUCCCAAACUGCUGUUUUCGGGGGGGAUGUCAGGAAUCGUGUCCUGGCUCUCAACCUAUCCCGUGGAUGUGAUCAAAUCCCGGCUUCAGGCCGAUGGAGUCGGAGGCGUUACCCAAUACAACGGCAUUUUAGACUGCGUCAGAAAGAGUUACCACGAAGAAGGCUGGAGGGUGUUCACAAGAGGUCUUACUUCCACCCUUCUCCGUGCUUUUCCUGUCAACGCAGCUACCUUUGCCACUGUCACUGUGUUCCUAAUGUAUAUGAGGUCAGAAGACAACCUUCGUGAAUGUGAACCAGGUCCAGUAAUCCAGCAGCCUUCCAGUUUGUGAACCUUGUCUGUUUGUUCUGAUCCAACACCCAGCUGGUUGGGGUUUUUUUAAAUGUAAACACUUGACCCGCACAAGUGGUGUAAAUUUAUGCUAUCUGUAUAAAGAAUUCCUAAAUGUGUCAAAUUAGGAUUUCAUCUCAUUACUUGUACAAACAGCAUAUCGCCUUAUUAAGGACUUCAUAUCUAGUAGUAUCCAAGUAAGAUGGGGACCUGCCUUUAGAAAGUACUGUACAGUUACUGUUGCAGCUCCAGAAGAGGAUCUGGAGGAUGUCAUAGUACCAAAAAUCAGGUUUUCUUCCACUCAUGUUCUGAAUGACUGAGUUGAAUGCAGAAAUGUUUUCAGAAAAGAAAUGCUCUUUUUGUAUGUAACAGGAGUAAGUAUAGUCCUCUAAGGUGAAGUAGUAGGAGGAAACUAAAUAUUGGAAGCUUUUUGCAGGUAACCCUGAGCUAUUUAAAACAUGGACUAGCGUUCAGCUAGUCCUGUGUUUUACUUUUCCUCUACUUUUAUACGUCAGUGGUUUUAGUAGCAACUUUGUUCAUACUGGCUGGCUUAAAAAAAAAAAAAAGUUUGUUUCUAAGCUACUCCCUUAUCUUUCAGCUUUGAAUAAAUAUGUUAAGCAUAAAGUUAGCAUCUGCACUCAUAUGCACUUGUUCCUUUAAAUCUCAAGGCUUGUAAGGAUUUAGGGAAACUGAAAUCUAGUAAGAUUGAUGUUAUUUGCCUUCACCUCUAUUUCUCAUUUGGUGGGUGCACGGAUUGAUUUGACUAGGUUCAGCCCCAGUAGACUUUGUUCUCCAAAGUUAAUGCGACUUUGCACCACGUCUCCCAACAUGCCCCACAGCAGCCAGUGAUGUACAGAAGUCAAAGUCCUACCUGUGGUAUUGUGCAAAACAUUUGUGGGUGCAAUGUCAGCUUAGCAGCUUGAAGUACUGUAGAAAUACGUACAUGUUUAGAAGGGGAGGUGUCAUACCUUUCCAGAAAAUAGGGCUGUGUCUGAAAUGGUUGGUGUUCAAUACACUUGCUUUAUGAAUUUAAACAAUACUGAUUUUUAUGUAUUUAGUUACAGUGCUACUGGAAAGACGACUGAAAAGGGUUUUAGAGAAUUUUCUUGUUAUGUUAAUUUGCUGUGAUUUUUUUUUUCCCUCCCCUAGCAGUCUGUUCAAGAGGGAUUAGCCAGAGAGCUGUAAACAGUUAUUUAAGAUUUGGAAUAAGAAUUACACAUAUGUGGCACAAAUAGCCAGGAGGAAGGAGUGCAUGUGUGUGAGAAAUGUUCUAAAACGUAUCAAACUAGUUCAGUAAGUACAACUUGUUACACUUUUGGUUGGGACAAGUGCAAUAUGUGUUUAAUUUAUAUGAAUUUUUUAAAGAAACCUUAUUUCGUAGCAUUUUGCACUGUAACAAAAUAUGCUGGAGAAACCUGUAAAACUGGUAUGUCUUUUUAUACCUUGGAGGUAUGUUGGAUGUUUUAGUGCCUACUUGCACUGAGAUUCAAAUUGAAUGUUCAAUCUGUCUACUAAGCUGCAUAUGCACAACUCACAGCAAAGACCAUUUACACCUUUGUACAGUACUCUGUAAUUCAUGUAUAUAAAACUGAGGCUAUAAAUUUUUUAAAAA